AUGAACGAAACCGUAGAGUCUUAUGACGGAGAGAUCAAGGGUGGCAAUCCAGAGGAUUUCGCUACAGAGAGCUUUGUUUUAGACAACCAUGACCUAAUACUCGAAAUGUUCGAACCGAAGGACAACACAUUUGAGAAGGGAGACUCUCGACAGGCACUGAGCCUGCCGUCAGAUCAGAACCAAAUGCUAAUUUGGGCUAUAACUGAUGCCAAUCGCCGUAUCGCUGAGCUUGAGGCUCGGCAUAAAAAUGACAUUGGUCAACUGAAAACCGAGUUUAUGGAUGAGAUUGCCCGGCUCAAAAAGGACCAUGCUGUUGAAAUCGCUGAGCUGAAAAGAAAUACAGUCAAUAAGACUGCUGCCAGACCUGGAGGAAUUAAAGCUAAUGAGCUUGCUACUAUCAAGAGUGAUAUAUCGAAGCUCAAGAGCGAGACAGCUGAAAUUACUACAGUAAAGGGCGAGAUUGCAGAAUUCAAAGAUAAACUGCCAGAUCUAUCCCUUUACUGUCUGGAAUCAGACCUUACACAAUUCGAAGACGAACUCAUAUUGAAACUGAGGGAAAGGUUUGCAGGCGUGGAUGAGAGACUUGGUAAAGUAGACAAGGUUCUACUAGCCAAGGAGAGUACUACAGAAAAUCUGAAGAAGCUAGCGGCAAGCACAGUUCAAGCUGCCAUAAAAGAGGCCAGUUUCACAGAACAUAUCAAGAAGGUAGCAGAAUCUAAGGUUCAAGCUAUGGUCAAGGAGGCUAGAGCGACCAAAUCGACGGCAGAAAACAAGCGAAAGAGAGAGGCCUCAGUUGACUCCAGACGCCCAAAGUUGACUCCAGGCGCCCAAAAUUGA